AGCGGGGCCGCGCUCGGCACUUCGGGGCCGCUCCGGAGCGGGACCGCGGCCGGGGCCGGGCGGCCGCAGCCGCAGGCUGAGAAAAAUGCUGGAGUUCUUAAAAAAAAAUCAACAAGCUAUCUCAUGUUGAAAUAUCUCAGUGUUAUUCAGAAAUUCCAUGGUUUCUUUGACAAUGGUGAUCAAGCCCAGGUUGUCUGGAACUGAAGAAGACUGAGAAAAUUUGGGUGAUUUUCCAUGUUCAGUGUCCUGUAAUGAAUUUGAUGUCUUCGAUGCCUUUUCUGAGAAGCUGUUUUCAAAUGUCAAAAUUAACCUGGACUGCUUGGGAAUGGCGAAACAUAGCCCUGGGAUCCUGCAAUGAACAGUGCAUGAAGAACAGAGGAGAUAUUUCCGCUUGUCAGAGAUGAUGUGGAGAGACUCUUUAUCCCUGGUGGAAGAGGAGGAUCCUCAUAUGAAAGUGUCUCUUGGCAGCAGCGAUAUGGGCGUCUCUGCCCACCUGCAGUCUUCGAAGACAGGAACCACCAGAUUUUUCACCAGCAAUACUCACAGUUCUGUGGUGUUACAGGGCUUUGACCAGCUGCGAGUGGAAGGUUUGCUCUGUGACGUGACGCUCGUUCCUGGAGAUGGUGAUGAGGUGUUCCCUGUGCACAGAGCAAUGAUGGCUUCUGCAAGUGAUUACUUCAAGGCCAUGUUCACAGGAGGAAUGAAGGAACAAGAUUUAAUGUGCAUUAAGCUUCAUGGUGUGAACAAAAUAGGCCUAAAGAAGAUCAUUGAUUUCAUCUAUACUGCAAAACUUUCCCUUAACAUGGACAACCUUCAGGACACUCUGGAAGCUGCCAGUUUUUUGCAGAUUUUACCUGUUUUGGACUUCUGUAAAGUAUUUCUUAUUUCUGGGGUUUCAUUGGAAAACUGUGUUGAGGUUGGGCGAAUUGCCAACACAUACAAUCUCACAGAAGUGGAUAAAUAUGUUAAUAAUUUCAUCCUCAAGAACUUCCCUGCAUUAUUAAGUACUGGUGAAUUUGUGAAACUCCCCUUUGAACGUCUUGCCUUCGUGCUUUCAAGUAAUAGCCUUAAGCACUGCACCGAACUGGAGCUCUUCAAGGCGGCGUGUCGCUGGCUGCGCUACGAGGAGCCUCGCAUGGAGUACGCUGCCAAGCUCAUGAAGAACAUCAGGUUUCCCCUGAUGACACCCCAGGAUCUUAUCAACUACGUUCAGACGGUGGACUUCAUGAGGACUGACAACACCUGCGUCAACUUGCUCCUGGAGGCCAGCAACUACCAGAUGAUGCCGUACAUGCAGCCGGUGAUGCAGUCGGAGCGGACGGCGAUCCGCUCGGACAGCACGCACCUGGUGACGCUGGGGGGGGUGCUCAGGCAGCAGCUGGUGGUCAGCAAGGAGCUGCGCAUGUACGACGAGAAGGCCCACGAGUGGAAGUCCCUGGCGCCCAUGGACGCGCCGCGCUACCAGCACGGCAUCGCCGUCAUCGGCAACUUCCUCUACGUGGUGGGCGGCCAGAGCAACUACGACACCAAGGGGAAGACGGCGGUGGACACGGUGUUCAGGUUUGAUCCGCGCUACAACAAGUGGAUGCAGGUGGCGUCUUUAAACGAGAAACGGACCUUCUUCCACCUAAGUGCCCUCAAAGGACAUUUGUACGCAGUCGGAGGCCGGAACGCGGCGGGAGAGCUAGCCACUGUGGAAUGUUACAACCCCAGAAUGAACGAGUGGAGCUACGUGGCAAAAAUGAACGAGCCCCACUAUGGUCACGCUGGAACCGUCUAUGGGGGGUUAAUGUAUAUUUCAGGGGGAAUUACCCACGAUACUUUCCAAAAGGAACUCAUGUGCUUUGACCCUGACACAGACAAAUGGACUCAGAAAGCUCCAAUGACAACAGUCAGAGGUCUGCAUUGCAUGUGUACUGUAGGAGACAAGCUGUAUGUUAUUGGUGGAAAUCACUUUAGAGGAACAAGUGAUUAUGAUGAUGUUCUAAGCUGUGAAUAUUACUCACCAACUCUAGACCAGUGGACUCCAAUUGCCGCCAUGUUACGUGGGCAAAGUGAUGUCGGGGUUGCUGUCUUUGAAAAUAAAAUCUAUGUUGUUGGAGGAUAUUCUUGGAAUAACCGGUGCAUGGUGGAAAUAGUUCAGAAGUAUGAUCCAGAAAAAGAUGAGUGGCAUAAAGUAUUUGACCUUCCAGAAUCCCUUGGUGGCAUUCGAGCCUGCACUCUCACUGUUUUCCCUCCGGAGGACAACACAGGGUCACCGUCCAGAGAGUCUCCUCUGUCAGCACCUUAGAACCAUCCCUUGGCUCACCAUGUUGUAGUAAUACCUCUGCACUGCAUCAUGGGGUCUGUUAUUUUUCUUCAGUAGUUUCUGUUAGGCUUAGCCUACAGCAUUUCAUACAAUUACUGGAAAAAAGAAAAAAGACUUUGACAUUAUUUGUGCCGUUUGUUUGGCCUAGAAUGUCUCUCAAGUGGUUGACAAAAAGAGAUGUACUCGCCCGAGCCAAAUGUUUAACAAAUGAGAGGGUAUUGUCUAUAAAAUGUAUGAACUAGGUACGUUAUUAAUGUUCUAUGUUGGCUGUGAGGUACCUUGUAGCUUACAUUUGGGAGCCCAGUGAGUCAAAUUUGUAUUGAACAUGUCACUGAAUUUCGUGUUGAAAUCCUUUUUCCUUUCAUUUUUGACUGCAGAUCACAAGGGUAGGUAGACCACAUCAAUGUGAACUCUCUGAAGGUUGCCAAGGGGCCUGAGCUACCUCCCUCUUUACACAGAGUAUUUUUGACAUAUCUGUUUACCCCACCUGACUUUGUGGGUGCUUUCAGAGCAUAUGAAGUUUCUUAGGCAGGAGGAAGAAAUAAAAUAAUUUUAAAAUAUUAGCACUGUACAGGAGCGGACCUUGUAGAGGCCGGGAGUUUUUUAUAACAUAUAUCGUGUUUUUCCUGAGUCAGUUGAAUGAUGCUUCAAAUAAAACAUCCUAAACAUAUUUGUGUUUUUUAAUUUGGGUUUUUUUUUUCCAGGAAUUGGCUUCCGCUUGCAUGGGAGCACACACUAUUAACAAAUGGGAAUUCAGUGCAGUUGAGUAUUCUGUGCUAUGGCUGUACUGAAUAUGGGUAGUUAAGGGCUAGAAUCAGUAACUUAAGCCACUGAAUUUGACCAAAUGGUUCCAUCCAAUCAAAUUUGAUCUACCUUUUCUCCUUUGCUGUUGAGAUAACUUGCAUAAUGUGUCCUCUGUAUAGUCUCAGUUAAUAAGGUUAUUUAGCACAAAGUGCAGCUUCAGUGAGAGAGCUGCUUUUGCUCAGUGAACCUGGACUACCACAUUUUACCUUCUUUUGUUCAAUAAAACUUUUAACUGCAGUUACCCAGUCUAAGCUACCUCAUUAAUGUAUUUGGUUUUCUUCCUCUGCCUCACUGUCUCCAGGAUACGUGUGACGUAUAUCCACGUGGGUAGGUGAACCUGCUAGGAAACCAAUGCACAAGUGAUCAUGAAUGGGUAUUUUUGACCUACUUUUAAGAAACUGUUUUGGUCUGAUGUGUUCAUUUUAUUGUUAGGGACUGAUGAAAAACCAGUCUUAAUGUUUUUUUCCUUGGAGAACUGCUUAUGUGUGCAGCCCUCCAAAUUCACAGGAAUCUUUACCUGCUCCAAAAUACAGUGCCCUGCUGACAAACUGCAGCUCUGAUUAUGCCAUUGUGGUUGUUCUGAGCUUCCCAUCAUGUUACAAGUAAUUUUGGUAAUGAACACUGUCACAGGGGCAUCCUCUGGGGAAAACUGUUUAAACCAGCUUAUUGUGUUACCUAUUAAUAAUAACCAAGUAAAGCUUAAGAGACUUUUGUUGGGAUUUUGCUAUUUGUGUUUUGUCCCUGCUUGAUGCAAUCAAGCAGCAGGAUUACUGUGGUGUCGGAUUUGGAAGUACUGAUAUUUAUUCUUUGUGCAGUUUACUAAUAAUGGUCACUACCAAAAUCUACAUGUAAGCUUUAGGUUUCAUAAUUGUUUUGGUUAAAAUCAAAAUUAAUUCUUCCUCUUUAAAAAGAUUGAAGUCUCAAUUCCAUGUGGCUGUGCAAGGUUGUUGCAGGUGGAACAGCAGCACCAGUGGAUACUCCUGGAAACUGGCCAGUGAAGAUAAAUUGAUUCAUCACCCUAAGAAUAGUCUUCUUAUGCUGUGCAAAGCACUGGAUAGAAAAGUGUUGCUCUGUUUUUUAAGGAUUUUUCAAUCAUUUAAGUGUCACAUGCUACUAAUUUUUUUUCCAGCUCAAACAGAUUUUAGAUCCUGCUUGACUUUAAAUCCCUUGAAAUCCAUAUUCAGUGUCUCUUAUAUUAAUUAAACUGAAAAGUACUUGAAGGAGUUGCAAUUCCUUUAGGAUAAUGUAAAUAUAUCCUGCUCUUUGUAUGCUGGGGAUGAGGGACACAGUGUUUAAAAGUGGGUAUCUUCUCUGGUGUUCUCUGUUUGAAGAAGCUUAACAUGGGUUCUGAUCAUUCUGAGGUGGUUUAAAGCCAGGAUGUCAGUUUUGUGUCUGAGCCUUGUAUAGCCAGGAGCUGGUAUAUGGCCGCAUUGUUGAGAUUUUUUUGUUUGUGGGUUUUUUGUUUUGUUUUUUGUUUUGUUUUUUUGACUCAUUAUUUGUUAUACAUAAAAUGGAAGACUUAUUUUUGAACGUUUUGUCAUCAGUGGAUUAAAUGUAGUGCUUCAAUCAAAUUAA